UUUUACUUGGUGAUAGAUACCACAACUCAACAUCUACAUUCAUUGUAACUACUUGUCCCCUUCAAUCCUAUCCUAUUUAAUACGCUGUUUCUGUUGGGAUUGUUUGUUUUGGGGGAAGCAAGAUGUUCAACGUCUGCAGAAGAGGCCCGGCCUCGAUAUCUCGAGCUCUGAGCGCCGCUGUCCCUACUAUUCGUAUACCAUCAACCAGACCCUCGUGUCUGUCAUUAGACAACCAGACAUCAACUCGAUUAUCCUCCGAAUCGCGAUGGCUACACAUCUCUUCGGCAUUGAGAAAUCAAGCUCCUGCAUAUCGCCAUGAGAGCAAUCAGGAGAGCACGGAGCAGCCUAUGGGAUUUGGAAAGGAACAACAGAGAGAAGUCACAAAAUUUCAGGAGCUGAUGGACCAUGGCAUGGUACACGGCAAUGUCGUCGAAUCAAUUACGAAGGGCAUGGGACAUCACACAAUGACCGAAGUGCAGACCAUGACCAUCAACGCUGGGUUACUGGGUACCGAUAUUGUCGCCCAAGCUCGAACUGGAACUGGUAAAACCCUUGGAUUCCUCAUUCCGACCGUCCAGAAUAUUCUUCGCCAGAGCCCCGAAUUGGCACACCGAAGACAGCAUACUCGAGCAAAAGCUAGCGACAUCCGCGCAGUUAUCAUUUCACCCACGCGUGAACUUGCAGAGCAAAUUGCUGUCGAGGCCGAUAAGAUAUGCCGGAAUACCGGUCUCAAGGUUCAAGUUGCAGUUGGUGGAAACAGCAAGCGGAUGAUGUUGAAUAAGACUUUGCGUGAAGGAUGUCAUUUACUCGUUGGCACGCCAGGUCGCCUUCAGGAUCUUCUGUCCGACGAAUAUAGUGGGAUCAAAGCUCCAAACCUUACGACUUUGGUACUUGAUGAAGCGGAUCGACUACUGGAUGCUGGCUUCUCGAGAGAAGUUGAAGCAAUCAUCGAUUUGCUACCGAACCGCGAACAUGUCGACCGACAAACCCUUUUGUUCUCUGCGACAAUGCCGAGAGAAGUCAUGCAUCUUGUACGAAAUACUCUGAAGCCCGAUUUCGAGUUUGUACAGGCUGUCAAGCCAGGCGAUAUUGCGACACAUGAGAAGAUCCCUCAAAAGAUAGUUAUCACUCCUGGUAUCGAGAAUUUUAUGCCUGCUUUACUGGAAUUAUCUAAGCGGGAGAUCGCAAGAUACGAGGCCAAGGAAGAGGGAGCUAAACCUUUCAAAGCAAUUGUCUACUUUUCAUCUACCGCCAAUGUCAAUCUCGCUCAUGAUAUCUUCGCGGGCUUGAGAGCAGGUGGCGGACUGUUUGGCAAGCACCCAUUACAUCCAGCCACAGUUUCCGUCAUGCACGGUCAACUCACCCAGGAGCAACGUACCAGAGUCUCCGAACGUUUCCGCAGAGCAGAAUCUGCACUGUUGUUCUCUUCAGAUGUCACAGCCAGAGGAAUGGACUUCCCUAAUGUAUCACACGUCAUCCAGAUUGGCCUGCCACCGAACCAAGAGCAAUACGUUCACAGAAUUGGUCGCACAGGAAGAGGAGACAAGACCGGAGAAGGGUUUAUCAUUGUAGACAAAUCUCAGCUCCAACCAGCUCGGAGAAUGCUACGAGGACUACCUAUCACUCCCGACAAAUCGUUGGAGUCAGCUGCUGUGGACAUGACCAAGGAUACCCAACUACCAAAGUCGGUAGCGGAUACUCUGAGCCAAGUUGGAGAAUCGACAAAGAUGGUGUCUCGUGGAACCAAGGUUGCUGCUUAUAUGGGUUAUCUUGGUCAAAUACAAAGAAGUGACGCGGCAGAAUCAAUCGACGCUCUGAAUCAGUGGACACGAUAUGGUUGGGGUUUCGAGCAGCCUCCUAUGAUUGCACCUAUCCUUGCCAACAAGCUAGGUAUUGCGAGAUUACCGGGCGUAAAUAUCGGCAGAGAGCCACGGGAUGAGAGUGGUGGCUUUGGAGGGAGUGGGGGCGACCGGGGAUUUGGAGGACGAAGUGGUGGAUUCGGUGAUCGAGGAAGUUCUGGAGGCUUUGGCGGACGAGGUGGCGGAGGUUUCCGUGAUCGAGGAAGCUCUGGAGGAUUUGGCGGCCGAGAUGGAGGCAGAGCUGGUGGCUUCGGCGGACGAGGAGGCGGAAGAAGUGGUGGAUUUGGUGAUCGAUCGUCGGGAGGACGAGGUGGUGGGAGCUUUGCCAACAGGGAGCCGAGCUUUUAAUGAAGUGCACGUGUAAGUGUGUGCAUACUAGACGGCUGGCUUUGGGUCUUGGGGUCUGGGCUGUCGAACCAUAUUGUUUCAUUUGUUGCGUGUACAAAAGCUCACGGUCUGUAUGAAUAGUCGGCGGCGUUCGACCUCUGGCAAAGUUUGGGUAGAUCGAUCAUAGCAUUGCAGAGCGUUCUGGGGUUUGGGGGCAACUACAAGGCUCUCUGGUCCGCUCACUGGGUCUGGCAUAGCCUAGUAUGACAGUAAUUCAACUCUACUUCACUUUAGGUCUUUGACCAACGGC